AUGGAUACCAAAACAUUAUAUAUAAAUUCGAUAUCUGGUUCAUUUGCUGCUGUAAAUGCUUCAAUUGUUGGAUUACCAUUUGAUACAAUUAAGACACGUCUACAAGCAUCAGAAAAAGGAAAAUUUAAAGGACCAGUAGAUUGCUUUAAAAAAACAUUUAUUAAUGAAGGCUUUAGGGGAUUGUUUAGAGGAUUUAUUCCAAUUGUUCUUACAUGUGGACCAACAUAUGGUCUAUAUUAUGUUAUUAACCAAUAUUCCUUAAAUUUCCUUACACCUAAUAAAUUAGAAAUUAAUAAUUUACCCAUCUGGAAAGAGGUUACAUGUGGAGGAAUUGCUGGAGCAGCAAUUUGUGGAAUUUUAACACCAGGAGAAAGAAUUAAAUGUUAUAUACAAGUAAAAACAAAAAAAAUAUCUGUUAUCAAAGCUAUAAAAGAUAUUAUAUCAACGGAUGGGAUACAUUCACUUUAUAGAGGAUUUGGUGCAACACUUAUUAGAGAAAUACCCAUGGGUGCUGCAUAUUUUUCAUCUUAUAAUAUAAUAAGAAAUAAUAUAACUCAACCAAAUGAAAAUUUACCAUUAUGGAAAAUUUUAGUUGUAGGAUCCAUUGCAGGUAUUUGUGGUUGGACUGCUGCAUUACCUGGUGAUGUUGUAAAAACAAAAAUUCAAUCUUCUAUUGGUUCAAACAGAAAAAUCAAAAUAUUUGAAGUAGCAAAAGAAUUAUUUAAAACAAAAGGAAUAAAAGGUUUUUUUAUUGGAUAUGUACCUAUUGUUUUAAGAUCUAUUCCUGUAAAUGCUGUAUAUUUUGCAUCAUGUGAAAGUAUGAAAUCAUUAAUGGUUGAUAGAUCUUAA